AGAAACGAUAAAAAUUUGCGGCAUAUUAAAGGUGAACAAGAUUUUAUUGCAAGAAGUAUGCUUGGUUCAUUAUCACGUUUAGCUGGUGAUGCUAUAAAAAAUGUUAAACAAGCUACCGAAAACUUUACGCAAGCUACGCAGCAUGCUUCUUCUACUUCUGAUUUCACAACAGUAACUAAGAAUGUACUACCGUCAUGUCCUGAAACACCAAAUCCAUUAGUUAUUGAAAGUGAUUUAUUGACAAGCUUGGAGGAUCUGUCAGAGGAAGAACGCCAAAAAAUCUUGGCUGUGAUGGCAAAUUCUGAAUUAGACACAGCAUUAGCCUAUAUGCCAAAAUCAAUGAGUACAAUUAAGAUAUCUUCUUCGUUGACAUCAGAUUCGUUUUCACAGAGUGAAGAUCAAAGGUUUUUAAAAUUUCUUUUUGUGAAUUUAAGAAGUUUGCCGCAGCUAUCUCAAACGGAUUCCAUCUCAUCAGAAGAAUUAAAAUCACGUGAUUACAUGGCUGUUUCCCAAUCCACUAGUGAUUUUGCUAAUACAGUCGAUCUUUCUCAUCUUUCCUCAGCUGAACAAGAUCAAAUUAUUAGUGUGAUGAAGGCUGCGCAGUCCGAUGAAUUAAACAUCAUCACAUCUAUAUCACCAACGUCUUCAUUUUACAAUUCCAUGCCUUCGAAUCUUCCAUUUAAUGGUUUGCUUCAUCAUUUACAUUGCAGUUUUCACCUACUUUCUGAUGCAUUAUGA